GUUGCCAUUCCGACAUGGCGCUGUCCUGUUUGAGGCUUGCUAAUCAUAUGUCUUUGACUCGACUCUGGAGUGUUCGAGCAAACAACAAAAUGAAUGCCUUGUGCAUCCCAUGCAUGUGCCAUCAGUCCAGAUACUCUUCAUCACCAGAAGUGCGGCGAGGUGUUUUCCGUUUUGUCACUUCCAAGCUCGAAUGGGCAAAAGACAAAUAUGAGGGAUUUCUCAAAAGACGAUUCCCCCGUUUCUACGUGCUCCACCAUACUUUAGUAGAAGGAUUCAAGCUUCUCUUCCAAGAUGCCAAAGAGGUGAGUCAGAUCAAAACCAAGAUGGCAAGUCAUGGGGUCAUGUAUGAAGAGCUGUCCUACAGGGAACUGGAGAAAGUCAGACAGUUUCGCCGAGACCUGAUCAAGGCUAUCCCGCUGGCACUAAUAUCCAUCCCUCCCUUUGCCAACUACUUAGUUUUCGUCUUGAUGUACUUCUUCCCUCGCCAGUUGCUGAUUCCUCAUUUCUGGACCCCAAAGCAGCAGGCAGAGUAUCGACAAGUGUACCAUUCAUUGAGGGCCCAACACCACUGGCCAAUACUUAAAGGGCUCCAGCAUGCGAGCAGGAAGUUGACAGUUUCCCAACUACAGAGACGUCUUGACAACCUGUGUUCUAAGGUGCAGUCUGGAGCCAAUCCCAAAGUGUCUGAAGUUCUUGCUGUACGGAGCCUGUUUUCAGGGCCCCAUCUAGGCAUAAAUAGGUUGACUGUGGGUCAGAUGAGACAGAUCAGCUCGCUCUUCUUCCUGACGCCCCGCCUCCCAGGGUUCUUAAUUAAGCGGCGGCUCCUUGGGCACGCCUUUGAGCUGACCUUGCUGGACCGAGCUCUCAGCAGACUCGGUCCUGACCAACUAAGUGACGCAGAAGUGAGACAGGCAUGCUAUGUCCGGGGCCUCAAUUCCGAUUGCGUUGGUAUUGUACAGUGCCGUGAGUGGUUGUCCCAAUGGCUUCACAUAUCCUCUUCACUGAAGGAAUCAGAGGUGUCGCUACUUUUGCACUGCCUUGUGUUUCUCUCCGCCAACCACCGAAAUAAUGGAAGCACCGCCUAAACAGGAAGCCUGGCGCCCUCUUCAUUUGACAACGCAGCCAGCAGUUACUUCAUUUGACUAGUUAACAUCUCAUUUUUACAGAUGGGAAAAGUAUUUUAAUACUUGCUUCUCUUGGCAGGACUUCAGGUUUAUGGGAAAAUUUAAGAUUCCCCCCCCCCCCCCCCCCCCCUCCCUCAAGGCAUGUUUGUUGUCAAAUCUGAGCAUCUUUACUUUGGUACAAAGGCUUACACGUGCAUUACUAAGGCUGAUCAAGGAGAGAAUAUGGAGUGCAGUUUACACGUUUCACAAGGGGACUUAAAAAGAACUGACAAGUGGUUCUAAUGAUGUGAUUUCAUUAUUUCCUCAGUAUAGCCAAAACCUCCUGCUACUUAUGUCUGAAUAAAGCUACAGAGGAGUGGUAUCAUUGUUCAGACACAUUCCGUUUGUAAAAAGCGCGGAUUUCAUUCACAAGUUGUCAUCAAUCUCUCGUUGCAUGUACAGUACCUCGUUGUACGCACUGCUUAUUUUAUUUUAAAGACGUCAAGGUAAUUACAUGAUGGUGAAAUUUGGCUGUAGGAGGGUUUUGAAGAAAACUUGAGUGUGUGCAUGUGGUGAAAAUGUAACUUAUUGGUAAAUAAUUAUUAUAUAUUCGAAGCCGACUGAGUGACAGCAAAAAUUUCCUCAUUUUUUUACUCCGAUGACGCUGAAGCACAAAAUGUCAAAGCUUGUGCUGACUGUACAAAGAGGAAGUUCCUACUUAUGCACUAAAGGAAAUACCAUUUCAUCCUGUGCCUUUUACAAGGACACAUUACAUUAAUUAUGGGUUGCUGGCACAAUUUCUAUUAUUUGUUCAUGUUAAGUGAUAUAUCGAUGUGCUAUGUAAUGAGUGUGUCCAAAUAAAAAUAAAACUAUUUGCUCUUAAAGAAGUCAAUCACAAAUAAUUUAAGGA